UUGAGCCCGGCAAAAAGAACUAAGUUCUCGAUAAGCUAAAUAAAACACAUGAUUUGUAGUGUCAUCUCUAAAGAAAAUAAAAAUAUACAUUGCAAAAAUGAUUUAAAUAUUAAAAAAGUUUCAAAGUCAACGACAAAUCAAGUAAUAUGUUUCGCACACUAUCUAAAAUAACUUCAAUCGAUUACUUAACAUCUCAGUUAAUCCCUGUGCAAAUCAAUCUGAUAAGAUGUUCUGCAAGCGCCAGGCAAACUCCCAACUGUAAAUCCCCUGCAACACAUAAUGUGACACCAGCAAUUGAAGCUCUCGCAGUGCCCGCGCAUAUUUUAAAUGAACCGGAAGCAAUACAAAGUCAAAAACAAAAAGUAUCCGUAGAGUAUCUGCCAUGGAUGCCAAGUCCGUACACAAAUGCGGGAGGACCGUUGAGUCAAUAUAAAAAGCUGUCCAAGUUUCGUUUGACAUCUUUGGUCGUGAUAACAACAAUGGGAGGAUAUGCAUUGGCGCCGGCUGCAUUUGAUUUAACCACAUUCGUGCUGUGCUCAGUUGGCACAGGAUUGGUUUCAGCAGCAGCGAAUUCAGUUAAUCAAUAUCACGAAGUACCUUUUGAUUCGCAAAUGUCGAGAACGAAAAAUCGUGUAUUGGUCACUGGACAAAUAACUCCACUGAAAGCUGUUGGAUUCGCUGUGGUAUCAGCGACAACUGGAUUGAGCUUACUGUAUUUCGGAGUUAAUGGAUUAACAGCAGCAUUGGGUGCUGGCAAUCUAUUUCUAUAUACCUCAAUAUACACACCAAUGAAACGGAUGAGCAUCGCCAACACAUGGGUAGGCUCCAUUGUGGGUGCAAUUCCACCGCUAAUGGGAUGGGCUGGUUGCGCCGGUUCUCUGGACAUGGGAGCAAUGAUUCUUGCCGGAAUUCUGUACGCCUGGCAGUUCCCCCAUUUCAAUGCUCUGUCAUGGAACCUUAGGCCGGAUUAUUCCCGUGCUGGAUACCGUAUGAUGGCUGUUACCAAUCCGGGCCUCUGCCGCCGUACCGCAUUAAGAUAUUCGUUUGUGAUUGGGGGUCUUUCAUUGCUUGCACCAGUUGCUGAUGUUACCAAUUACUGGUUUGCGUUGGAAACAUUGCCUUUGAAUGCAUACUUUUGUUACCUCGCUUACAAAUUUCAUUACAAAUCGGACAGUGGAAGUUCUCGCAAACUGUUUCGUUUCUCCUUAAUCCACCUUCCUGCGCUGAUGUUAUUGUUUUUAGCAAACAAAAAACACUGGUACUUUAAUGAUGCUGUCGAUGAAGAAAAUGUAAAAAACGAUAAAACGUUCAUUUCUGCCCUUCCUACGUCACCACCAAGGGGCCUGGAAAAAGUAUUACCAGUUGCUGUGACGGAGGGCUCAAGAUGAUCGUCCUGACAACUAUUGGUUGCAACUGGAUACCAAAAUUAAAAGGGUAUAUGUUAUUCCUAAUAGUGAAAAAAAAAAAUACAUGUUUG